CUCCGCGGACGAACUGCGUGUUGCUGCGUCAUCGCCAGUGGCCGGUUUGAAUGAGGCUCUGGUCGCACCCGAGCCGCCACCACCACCGCGCCUCCGCUUCGGUCGCUGCCACAGCUUCUUCGUGUCCCUUCCCCUGGCCACCCUUGCCGGGGCCGUUCUGUCUGCGCCGCCGCUUCCCCUAGGGCCCCGCCAUGCCACUCUACUCCGUUACUGUGAAAUGGGGAAAGGAGAAAUUUGAAGGUGUAGAAUUGAAUACCGAUGAGCCUCCAAUGGUGUUCAAAGCUCAACUCUUUGCACUGACUGGAGUCCAGCCGGCCAGACAGAAAGUUAUGGUGAAAGGAGGAACAUUGAAGGAUGAUGAUUGGGGCAAUAUCAAAAUAAAAAAUGGAAUGACUCUACUAAUGAUGGGGUCAGCAGAUGCUCUUCCUGAGGAGCCCUCAGCUAAAACCGUAUUUGUAGAAGACAUGACGGAAGAACAGUUAGCAUCUGCUAUGGAAUUACCAUGUGGAUUGACAAACCUUGGUAACACUUGUUACAUGAAUGCUACGGUUCAGUGUAUUCGUUCUGUGCCUGAACUCAAAGAUGCCCUUAAAAGGUAUGCAGGUGCCUUGAGAGCUUCAGGGGAAAUGGCUUCAGCACAAUAUAUUACUGCGGCCCUUAGAGACUUGUUUGAUUCCAUGGAUAAAACCUCUUCUAGUAUUCCACCUAUUAUUCUACUACAAUUUUUGCACAUGGCUUUUCCACAGUUUGCAGAGAAGGGUGAACAAGGACAGUAUCUUCAACAGGAUGCUAAUGAAUGUUGGAUACAAAUGAUGAGAGUAUUGCAGCAGAAAUUAGAAGCCAUAGAGGAUGAUUCCAUAAAAGAGACAGAUUCUUCAUCUGCGUCAGCAGUGACACCAUCUAAAAAGAAAAGUUUAAUUGAUCAGUUCUUCGGAGUUGAGUUUGAAACUACCAUGAAGUGUACGGAGUCAGAAGAAGAAGAAGUCACUAAAGGAAAGGAAAAUCAACUUCAGCUUAGUUGUUUUAUUAAUCAAGAAGUCAAGUAUCUUUUCACAGGACUUAAAUUGCGACUUCAGGAAGAAAUCACCAAACAGUCUCCAUCAUUGCAAAGAAAUGCUUUGUACCUCAAAUCUUCCAAGAUUAGCCGACUACCUGCUUACUUGACUAUUCAGAUGGUUCGAUUUUUUUAUAAAGAGAAGGAAUCUGUGAAUGCUAAAGUUCUUAAGGAUGUUAAAUUUCCUCUUAUGUUGGAUGUGUACGAACUGUGUACACCAGAACUCCAAGAGAAAAUGGUCUCUUUUCGAUCAAAAUUCAAGGAUCUAGAAGAUAAAAAAGUGAAUCUACAACCAAAGACCAGUGACAAAAAAAGUAGUCCGCAGAAGGAAAUUAAGUAUGAACCCUUUUCUUUUGCUGAUGACAUUGGCUCUAAUAAUUGUGGAUACUAUGACUUACAAGCAGUGCUAACACACCAAGGAAGGUCUAGCUCUUCAGGUCAUUAUGUGUCAUGGGUGAAAAGGAAACAAGAUGAAUGGAUUAAGUUUGAUGACGAUAAGGUCAGCAUCGUGACACCAGAGGAUAUCUUGCGGCUUUCUGGUGGUGGAGACUGGCAUAUAGCUUAUGUUCUACUUUAUGGGCCUCGCAGAGUUGAAAUAAUGGAAGAGGAAAGUGAAUAGUAAUCUUCAUUUUAGCUAUUUAUGCUUAGGUGUGAAAUAAAUGUUAUUUGUUGAUCUUUUCUAUAAUCUAGGGCUUUAGAGGAAGAUGUUUAGGUGGUUUUAUGUUUCCCCUUUACCUGGGACGAAGGAGGGUAGAAGCAGACCACUCUAUCUAAAAACUUACAGAAGAGAAAAUGUCUUUGGACUGUGCUGCCCUGUGUAAAGGUGGCAGGGCGACAUUUUUUUUAAAAGUUUAUUUCUGCAUUAAUUUUUUAAAAUUCUGGGUCAGAAUCCUUUGAACCAUUAUCUUCUGUGAUAACUUUUCUCCCUGCUCUUUUCAGCCCAAGAUUCAGCAAUCAGAUGUUUAUUGCACACCUAUUACUCUAUUAUUUGUUGUUGUUCUUGCAUGGUUUAAACCACCAUUCAGUAGCUGCCUAUCCUUUGCCUUAUCUAACAAAUUUUGCCAGGAAGGUGGAAAGGAAGUGUUGCUCUCAUUGUGUAACUCAGUGCUGCUGUCCACAUCCCAUGGAACAUGGGUACAAUCAAGUAUUUACCCAGCCUGACUGUGCUGGCUUUUCAUGACUUUGAAAUAAAUUGUGAUCAAUAAUAGUACAUUUGAUUAUACAUUACCUUGUCUCUCUGAUGUACUAUGGUUUGUACAUUUAACUUUGCAAUGGUUUUGUAGUAAUCAACCUUAAAAAAUUGUUGAUAAGCUCUGGCUGCUUAUUUUUAGAAAAUGAGGAUAUUUAAUAAUAAAAAUAUAAGAGGGAUUAACAGCUUUGACCUCAAGUCUUUUGUCUGUUGAGUGUUGGAGCUUGGGUGAAGUACAGGUAUGUUUAAUACUAUAGCUUCUGCAGAUUUACAUAAUUUUACUUUGCUGUUAAGCAUCCAUUUACAAAUGUUUGUUAUCUUGUUUGCCUGCUCGCAUUAUAAUCUGUUUAAAAAAAUACAUUCUUGUAAAAGUAAUGGAGUUCUUUGGAUAAUAAUUGCAACGAUAUUAUCAGUCAUGUCUGUUUGGCUCAGUUGGUGUGUUUGUUUUUACUGUCAAUUCCCAAAACCUUAAUGAUUCUCUCGACUUAAUACCGGUUUUUACAAUGAUGGUAGGAAUACCAAGAGUACAAGGUAUUUCAAUAUGGUAGGAUUAUUACAUUUUAAUAUCUUCCAAUUCUUCAUCUUUGUUUCAGGAGCCUUAUAUUACUAGAGAAAGAAUACAAUAUUAAGUUAAUUUGUCUCUGUCAGGAUAUUUAUAAUAAAGUUUUGGGGAUUAUCAUAAAAUCUUUCAUCUUUGCUUAUGCUCUUUCAGUGCUCCACAGAGCAGAAUACUGGUAACUGUUAGAGCCUAGAGAACAGUUGCCACUUUCCUCAACUUUGAACAAUAUGGUAUAAUCUGAGAAUACGAGGGUAUAAGAUAAUCAUUUCAGGGAAAUAUCUGUAAAUAUCUUCUUUGGCUAAAUUCUGAUUAUUGGCAAUCGAUACUCUGUUUUGAGGGAGGGUGCAGAAUACAAUGGGGAGGAUGAGACUGUAAGAAUUGUAAUAUCUACUGAUAUGAUGCUAGUAACUGCAAGUUUUUUUUUAAUCCAGUCUUAUUUGGUCUGAGUAAUUUUGAGGACAUAAAUUUAGCUACAGAAUGCUAAUUAAUUCUCUGGUUUAGAACAAAUUACAUAUAUCUUCUAUGGAAUCAGUAUUCUAAAAUUAUAAUUCCUUAAUUUAAAAAAUUUGAUUUCAUUUUAUUUCAAACAAGCAUUAUUCCAAAGAUAUUUUAGGUUUUUUAAAUUAGUAAGACUUCUUUAGAAUUUGACCUUGCAUAUAAGGUCUUUGAGAAAGGAAAGUAGGCAAGAAAAUGUCUGAUUCCUGAGUGUGCCUUAUAUGCUGUGCCACUAGCACUGAGGCCCUUUUGAUAUUAGAGCAUCAUGGUUGGACUAGCAAGUGAAGUUAAGCCUAAGCAAGAACAUUUAUAUGUAAUAUGCAAUUAAACAUCCUUUUUCAGGAUUCAAAACAAUGAUGACCUAAUCUUAGAGUCCCAAAGGGUAAUGUUUAUGUGGGAUCAGGAAAGGUAGAAGGUACUAUCUCCAGCCAUUACUGCACAGUGCUUUGCUAUUUCUAGGAUGUUUUCACCUACAUAGCAUUUGAACAUCACAAAAAUCUCUGAGCCAGGUAUCCUUACUUUAACAAUUUAUAAUAACUAGGUUUGAAAUGCCCCUCAUUUCUUUGAAAGUUGGUGGUUUGGCAAACAUUUUUUGUAUUGGAACAGAUAGUGACCAUUUUAGGCUCUGUAGCCCAUACAGUCUUGUUGCAGCUACUUAUCUUUGCUGUUGCAGUCUGAAAGGAGCCAUAGAUACUACCUAAAGAAUGAGCAUAGCUGUGAACUGAUAAAAUUUUGCUUAUAAAAAAAAAAUAAAGUCACGAUGAAUGGACCAUUGUUUGCUAAUCCUCUGCUUUAAAUUAUGAGUGAUACUGGAACAGUGAGUUUCAGGAAGUCUUACUCUGGGAAAUGUGGAGAAGUCAGUCAAAUUUUUAACUACUAAUUUGAUAUAGCACAUCUUAGGAAACACCAUGCUCCUUAAUAUCACUUACUGACUUUAUUAGAAAUAUAUUCAACAAAAAUAUAUUAUGUGACCUUGAGGUCACGUUGGCUAUUUUCCCAGUCCACCCCUACUUUCCUCUCAAACCCUGAGGUCAGUUAUUAAGAGCCAGUAUGUGUUCUGUUGUUCUUGGAGCACCAGCGAACUAACUGUACAACAACUGUUAUAAAAAUGUUUAUUGUUUACCAAAACCAGUGGACCUCUAUGAAAUGCUGUGUGGUAACAAAAUCUUAUCACAGUUUUAAUAAAAAAGAAAAAAAAAAGAAAGAAGCUAACUAUUUGUCUCGUUGUCAUUAGUUAGACUUUCUGCAAGGUCACUUAAUCCAGACUUAUUCAGUGCAUUAAUCAGAUUCUCAGGUGUUGCAUGUACUCCCUCUUGAUCUUGCCAGGCAACGAGUAGCUGCUUAGCUCUCAUCUUCAUGUCUUCACUGUCACACUCAAUCUGUCGAAUUUCUGAGUCUUUCAUUUCCAAAUAGGGAGCCAAAAUCUUCCAUUGUUCACCCAGUUUGUUAGCAAAUACCUCUAUUUGUUCCCCUGUUACAGGUUUGUCUCGCCGAACAUCAGGACCUAGAAAACAAAGGAAAGGUAAUUAUGUAUGAAAAGCGAGGACAUACACAAUUCAAAGUAUACAACAAAACUGAGAAGAUACAGGGCCACUGAAAUAUUAAUUACCUUUAGUAAGUAAGCUUUAUUUUAAAUUAAAACACUUCUUUCUUAUAGUCUCCUUGGGUGAAUAUGGUUCUUAAAUCAAAUUUCUCAUUGUAUAAAAUAUUUAGAAAGCUAUUGUCAAGCAGUGUUUUAAAUCCUCACUAUAAGAAAUAAAGCUGAGAUAAAUGGUAGAUGUUGACAACUAUAUCAAAUUAAAUAGCAUACCUCUCAAAGAACCACAAUCUUUUCCGCUUGUAAAAUAACCAAGAAAAUUCAAUUCUUACUUUCAUUUUCCUUCAGUAAGGCAUCAUUAUCUUCCUCAUCUUCAUCCUCACCUGUUUUUAUUUCUUCAGAAGGAGGCUAAAAACAAACAGAAAGUAUUGACUAAAAGAUAUGCCAAUUUCUAGAGUUAGAUUGCUGGGGAUGGACAGCUGUGGUUUAGAUAAGAGUGGUGAGACUCCAAGUAUAGGAUAAAAAACCUUAAGAGUGUUAAAAACGAAUGUGGGAUAAGAAUUGCAGAUGGGACAGUGUUAAUAACCUAGAGGAGUAGUAGACAGAGGAAGACGACUUGAGAGUUGGGAAGACCCCUCCCCCCCAACCUGGGACGAAGGGAUGCAUUCAAGAACACAGUAAAUUGGUUUGCAAAUACCUAGCAU